AUGGAGGGCGAGAAGAUACCAUCGAUGCCGCCCGAGUUGAGCCAGGACGAGGGUCAGCAGCUCACUGACCAGAUGGCAGCUAAUGCUGCGGUUCCUGCUAGCUUUGGUGCUAGGAAUCGAUACGAGCCCGUGUGGCGGUCCAUUAGUCCCACUGAUGGUGGCGGCCUGCAAGGGGACGUGGAAGACCAAGUUGAAGGGCUUUCGGGCCAGUCGCCGCGGCAGACUUUCUACUUGGACGAGACGGGUCGUCGUUGGAGUACUGUUCCUUGGCCCGAACGGUGCCUUGCCUAUGGCCCCGGAGUCGGCGGUGGCCUCUGUGGUGAAAUGCUCGAGCUCACUGUCAACACGGUGAACCAUAAUCGCUACCGUAUACCCGUGGGAGGUAAUAACGUAUCACUUCUGCUGCGACCAAAAGAUGUGACUCUGGCCAUCGGUGAAUACAAGGCAUGGUCGAUGGACUGUGAGGACGGCUCUUACAAGCUGCGAUAUGAUUGUGCUCGGCCUGGCUACUAUUUCCUCGACGUGACUGUCAAUGGAGGUCACGUAUGUGGUAGCCCAUUCGAUGUAGUCGUGCGCCCAGGAAAGGUUGAGGCUCAAUGCUGUCAGAUAAUCUCUGGCUCGGUGGUACCCACCUCGGAUGGCUCGAGUCUGGUCUUGCCUGAUACCGCCAUAGGAGUUACACAUGAGCUUUGGGUGGAGACUUGUGACGCGUGUGGGAAUCGAUCCUACGACUCCAGCGGUGUCUUCGGAGCCCGUCCUGUGGGGGCAGUCAGAGUGACCGAUGUCACGGACUGUGAAACGGGCAUAUUCGUUGUGGCAUUCACCAUAGUUGCUGGUGGUCCAGGACGGAUCGAUCUGCUUUAUAAUGAGGAACAUAUAGGGAGCUCGCCUCUGUGGGUCGAGGUCGAGGAGAUUUCGAAAGUAGACCAGACGAACUCGUUCCACGGUGUGUCCAAAACGCCGGUGAAAUCAGAGCCGAAAGACCCCUUGAUGGUUCUAGAGGAAAAGGAGGCGCGCAUAAGACAAAUGACAAUCAGACUGGAGAGACUCAAACGAGAGACAGAUGCUAAAGCCAGAGAGAGUCGAAGGCUGAUUACAGAAAGGUUCCAACAGGUGGCGGAGCUCAGCGACCACUUGCCAGAGUCGGCUCGUCCAUCGCUGACGAAUGCUGCCGCCGACCAGCGGUCUGUGGUGGAACUUGCGAAGAUGGUGUCGGAGGUGACCAAGGAGAGGGAGGUGUAUAGACAACGCAACGCGUUAUUGUGGGAGGCCCUACAUAAAGUUAAUGAUAGUUGGCUUCGAGUUGAGGGGCAUCAGGGGGGAGCUGACACGGAGAGCGAUACAUUGAAUCGGAGUGACCACCGGCGGCGUGGCUCGGCUGACUCGGUCAGCGGGAUGCCCACUCGUGGUGUGGACACUAGAGAGGCGAGUGGCGAUCGGACCAAGAUGGUUUGGAGAAUACCGCGAAGUCGUCCCAACAUGUCGGAGUUAUUCCAGAGGGGAGUUUUCUUACCCUCCAAAUGA